GUCGUCAGUGCUGCCGGAUUUGUCGAGUAUAUCAUUGACUGUUGUUCUGUUCGUUUCUGUUACUACGUUUGCUAUAUUGUUCCAUCAAAGAUUACACACAAUAUCAGGAAGAUGGCAAACAACAAGGAGAGUAUGCCUCAUCUGGAAGUAAUCGAUCGCGUGAAAAACAUUCCUGUUGUUCAUUCGGCGAUAGAGAAGACGGAAUCUACAUACAGUUAUUUGAAAGAUUCGAAUCAUUUGAUCAAUUGGGCGCUAAAUCAUGCUGAAGCUGGACUUCAUUAUGCGACUGCUACUGCCGCCCCUCUUACCGUGCCUUUAGCGAAAAAAUUCGAAGGCCAGAUCUCUGCUGUUGAUCAGAAGUUGUGCCAAGGAUUGAACAUAGUGGAGGAGAAAGUGCCGAUGGUGAAACAGCCACCUCAACAGAUUUACGAUGCUGUGAAGGCUGUGACGAGCAGCUCACUGCAACCAACAAUUAACAAAUUGCAAGCUGCAAAAGAAUCAGCGACGCAACAGGCAUCAACUCUCAAAGAGAUUAGUAUUAAGAAGGCCAAUGAAUUGUUGAACACAGAAUAUGGUAAUAAAGCAGUGCAAAGUAUCGAUGAUAUCGGCGUUCUCAUUAACGCUUUAUUGGAUCGUUAUUUCCCUCCGGUCGAAGGGGAAGAAAACAUGCCCGCACCUGUGUCUGCUGACGAGAACAAAAUUUUACAUUCCGUACAACUUGCUGGUCAAUUGUCCACGAAAACUGCCAAUCGAGUGUAUCAUUCGGUCGUAGCACAAUUAAGAACAUUGAAGAAAGAGGAUGUGUCAUCUUACAUGACGAGCGUAAUAUCUAUUCUUCAUCUAACGCAGUUUUUAAGCUUAAGUGAUCAGCAAAACGGUAAUAAAGAUUCAAAUCAACAAAAUACGGAAAAGAAAUAAGCAGAAAUCUUACUGAUAAUAAUUGUAUAAUAUCGCAAUAGUCACUUGAUAAUCACAUUCACAUCUAAUGAAAUUUUUACUGACUCAACGUGAGAAAACUUUGGACCUUAAUUUAUACAUAAUUCAUAGAAACAAUAGUUCUAAGUACGUGAUCUAUUCAUUGGUGUGAUCUAUUAUAUAAAAUUAUAUAAAUCACUUGAAAUCCUCGAGUAAAUAGAUUGAGAAGUAUAUUGAGGAAUAUAAUUUAACUUGGUGAUAAUUUCAAAUUGCAAAAAUAUGUGAUAAUUUUGUAGGAAAAGUAAGUCACGUAAGGUUUGAAUUUUGUUGGUCACUUUAUCAUCCUUCAUUUAAUCAGCUGCAAAUAAGUAUGAUAUUUGUGGCAUUAGAAUAUUAUUUUUACAUAUAAUUCUAGCACUUUACAUGUAGAAGAGCUAGAUAUUUGUAUCAACUUUUUAUACAACUAAAUAUGUAAAGAGAAAGAGAAGCACACAAUUAAAAUUUAUUGUAUUUUUGUAAUAAAAGAUUUGAAAAAUGUGAUAUCUAAAUUCACUGUAAUUGCAAUGCAAAUCAUGCAACUAUUAGUAAUUUCUUAUUCGUUAUUAUUUCAUAAAGUUAUUGUUUAUAAUUUAUCUACUAUUUAUACUUGUUAUAUACAUAUUUUACAAAAUUUAUAAUCUUAUAUCAAUGAAAAUGUACUCUGAGAUGUUGAAAUAUUCUAUUUAAGAUAAACCGACUUAGUUUAAGGCUUUUCACAUAAAUUUUAUUUUAUACUAAUUUUAUUAGUCUCAAAAUGAUAUUUUCAGAAACAAAAAUUAUUAAAUGAAUUAUUAAAGAAAAAAAAUAAUAUUAUAUAGCAAAGAAAAUAAUUAAAAUUAUUGAUAAUUUUAUACAUAUCUAUACAGUUCAAAUGCUAACUAUGACACAACAUGAUUUAUACACAUGAUUUAGUAUAACCUUUUAAUCACAGAGGAAAUAUGUGUUGUGGUUUAAAUGUAAUUUUACUUGUCAAUUCGAUGGUAAAUAUCAUACGAAUCAUACAAUGCUAAUUCUCAUAUUUACUUUAUUAGUUCUUAUUAAUAUUUACAAAGUUAGGCUAGGAAACUGUUAUUGAGCUACGAUUACUUUGAAGGAACUAAUUUUAUUCUUAACAUCAAUCGCAAUGAUAUAAAUAAGAAAUACUGAUCGAUCACUCUAAGAUAUUACUGAGAUAGUUUAAAUAUUUUUUUUAAACUAUUUAACUUUUCACAAAUAAGAAUAAUUCAAGAGGUCGAUAUAUACCCUUUUUAUUAAACAUAUAAUGGUCUGCCAAAAUUUGAGGUUAGAUAAAUUUUUCACUUCAUAUCCCAAAAGCUAUAUUUUAAAGAAUUUUAACUAAUGUCAUACAAUUAUAUGAAUAUAUUUCGUCACGUUUAAUAUUUAAUACUUGCCAAUACUAUUUGAUGUUCUGAUGUUAUCUUCUAUUUUCUUAAAAUAUUCUUCUUUAUUAAUGAUUUUUAAUAUCGAUGUUCCAUUUGCGAAUUUGGCGACAGUUUCAUUUUUAUAUUCAGCAGUAUUCAAGGCAGAAAAAUUUGAUUUCGUCUCAUCUACAAUGUUUCUUAACUCGAUACGAUACGAAUUGUAAAAUAAAUGAGUAUUUUUAAAAUUUUUGAGUACGGUCAUGGGUUUGGAAUGAAAUGACCCAUAAAUGACUGCGAGGUGAUAGUGGCGCACUCACACGAUCAUUUAACGAAUGACAAUAUCAUAUUGUGAAGAGCGCUACAGUAUUCUGAUAUUUCGCAAAAGAAAAACAAAUAUUAUUAUACUUGAUUAUUUGACAAAUAACUUUCUCAGUGAAAUAGCGAUCAAGGUGCAUGUUUAGUUGAAAGUGAUAAAUGUGAGCAAAGUUUCAUUGAAGUUGAUUACAUUAGAUUUUUGAACAUAUAAAGAAAUAUUUACUACAUUUUACUACCAGAAAAUAUCCAUUAUUAUUACAUGGAAUAUGGAAGUUGAAUCAUCAAAACACAUAUGUAAAAUAGAAGCUGUUAACCGUGCCCGUAAAAUACCAAGUGUAAAUUAUUUGUGGGAUAAAUCUACAGAAAUAUAUGGCCGUGUAAAAGAUACAAAUGCAUUUGUACAUUGGGCGUUUAGUACUAUGGAGAAUGUAGUUGAUAUCAUGAUUGAAAAGUCAUUGCCAGUUGCUAAGUUAAUAGAAAAGCCUAUUUGUACACUUGAUAAAACAUUAUGUCAAGGAAUUGACUAUGUGGAAGUAAAGUUACCUAUAAUAAAAGAGGAACCAGAACAGAUUAUAAACCGGACCAAGUCUUUUGUAUCAGAGUGUCUUAAACCAGCUGUUGAAACAUUUACAAAUUUAAAGAAAGGAACCAAACACAAAGUUAAAAUUAUAAAAUUGCAUACCUAUUAUAAAGUUCAUUAUUUAAGAAUGUACAGUUGGCAACAGGCAGAUAGAGUUAUGUCUACUGAAACAGGAAUUAGUAUUUUAAAAACUGUGGACAGUACUACUGAUUUUGUUGAGUUAAUACUGGAUAAAUAUUUACCUGUUCCUUAUGACUUUCACAGUAAUGAAACUGAAAAGUUAUGCAAUGAAGAUGCUAAACUUCAUCAUACUGUUGGAAGGUUAAGUGAGUUUAGUUCGCGUACUUCAAAACGUAUUUACUUUGCUUUAAUGGAAUUGCAACAUAUUUACAGAAUGGAAAUUCGUUUAUUAAUAUCAGAUAUUAUAUGUAUACUCUUAUUAUUUAAAUAUAUAGUAUACGGUGAUUUGCGUUCAUUCUCCAAUGCUAUUUCGAGAAGUAACAUUCAAUGUUGUAAAUAUUGCAUUAUUUGGGAGGACAACGUAAUCGUCAUCCUCUACUCAAGAAAAGGAACGAGGAAAAAGCAAGAGGAAGUGUCUCAUUCAGUGGAUGGUGGGACUAUCAUUUUCCUAACUACCCCUAAACGUCAGGAUAAUGGAACCCAGGUCAGAGGAUGUAUUUAUACGAAAGGGAUGAUUAGUGAGGACCUUCGAGGAAUUGUACUUUUGGUGCUGAACCCUCCG